AUAUCCUCCUACAUGUAUUGAAAGGUUCUGGUAUGCCGUUAUAAUGCCCGCAUAUCUCCUUUAUACAUGUGGUAGGUGGGAAAUCGUCACACCUGUUGUGAGAUAACGACUAUAUCUUAUAGAGUAAGAUAUAUCGCUUUUCUCUAAAAUUUUAGGAUGACACUUACACCAUUUAUGUGUAUGCCUCUUUUAUCAGUCCGAUUUCCUUCUACCACAUUUACUGCUGAUGUGAUUACUGGCCGGAGUAGCGUGACCCACUCUUAUUACGAGGGGAUCCCGUUAAUUGAAUUCUCUCCCCAGUUUAAAUCUGAUUAUAACGGAAGUGAUAGUGAAUUAAUCCAGCGAGGUAGUUGUCGUGUUCUACGACGAUUAAUCACAGAUGCGCCCUUGAUCUCGGAGCAAGACUCGAAUCAAUGCAUAAGGAAGCCAGAUUUCUUAUUUGGUGACUCGGUAAAAGAUCCGAAGAUUGCUUUCUGCCAGCCUGCGCAAUGGUUGCACCAGAGUGGAUCAUCAUUCUUAUAUCUGCCUUUUAUCCCUCGGGAUCAUUCACUGUUAAUGUUCAGGAACCUAUCAGUUGGACGAGAGAUGUUCUGGAAAUUAACCGAAAACCACGAGCACAUUCAUUGUGGUUUCAUUGGAAAGGAAGCAACUCCAGGUUCCAGUGAAAGAGCUCAUGUGAGAGGACUUCAUCCGGGUGUCUUAGGACAAGACAAUAUUCCUCAGAACGAAAAGAUAGUGCAAGCCAACACUGUGAAGAACCGGUUAGCGGCAGCAGGAAAAAGAUUGCCCAGAGAGACUUUCAGGUGUUAUGGAUGGGUCCAUUAUUCUGGGAACAAGUGGUGGUGGACCAGGAUGACCCAAUAUGUGUUGAAACGUUUUGGGCGAGAAUUAGCAGGAUUAGGGUUGGAUGUCCCGAUUCGUGCCACCAUGCAUGGCUUGCAGAGCAGUGUAAGUCAUUUCCUUUGUUUGUUCGAGAUCUACAACCCGGACACCAAUACAUUCUUUACCAAGAACGGGGAACUUGGACUACCACUGCAUGAAAUGAUGCAAGUGUCUGCUUUGCCUAUGGGCGAUGUCCCAUAUCAAGAGUUCUUUCCGACCACCAAUCAGCUGAUUAAGAUGAAAGAUAGCUCGACUGCGACCUAUGACACUCUAUGGGAAUUGACCUGUCAUUAUCAUAUAGCCAUGGCCGAGAUGGAGCCCAAAGCCAGAAAGAAGUCUCCUCAAGUCAGUUUAAAACAAUUCGCUGAUUAUCUCUUCAAGAAUCUGGAUGUCCGUUCGGCAGAUGUGUGCGGAUUGUCUCCCUUGAGUACGGAUGAAAUUAACCGUUUGUUAGAGAAAACCAACGCGCAUUCUUAUACUUCGCGCUCAGAAGAUGGAUUUUUGCACGGCACUAAGUUCCGCUCUUAUCUGUGGCAAGCUGGUGUUCCGAUUAGCCCUACUGCUCUGCUGGCGGGUUUUCUAGCCUUAUGGUUAAAGAGAUGUGUAGUUCCCCAUCAAUCCGCAGAUGCGAUGCCAAUGGAAGUGUUGUAUCCGGCCGUCCAGCUGGCUACAGGUCGCAAAUUAUCUUUGCUUCCCGCUAUGGUGGCCGAUAUUCAUAGUGGAUUGCGGCAACUAAUCUCCGCAUUUACCCAGGAGAAAAAGAAACCUUCCGCCAGCCUGUCCGUUCCGAAGCUGGAGCUGCCCUAUACUUACUUAAUGGCCUGGUUGGUACUUCAUCGACCAGAUUUAAUGGAGGCUCCUGAUACGGUAGAUCUCAGUGUCCCUCUGUUGCAAAAUCUCGAGAAUUGCAAAUGGAGCAAACAUCGAGAGCCGGACAUAACGAGGCAGUUUAAAAUUCACAAAUGUUGGGAAUUUUUUCCUUGCUUCCCUCAGUUCUCCGGUACUUACAACACUACCUUAGUGGAUGCUGAAGACCCAAGGCAGAAUCGUACCAUCUUGGAUGUCGGGUGCUUCAGAUGGUUGAUGAAUAUUCGACCUGGAUAUCUGUUGUUCAGGAUAAGGGAUGUUUGCCACAUCGAACCCUAUCUUCCAUGUCGAUUCGCCCGUCAGUUCGGGUAUGAUCAGAUAUACAUCGGCAACCCGAAUCGUCACCUCAGCUUUCGAGGUGGACUUAUCGACGGGGCGAGAGCUUGGUUUUGGAGCAUUGCCGGCUGCACCAAUGUUGAAUUUGAUCUCCCCUUAGAGACGCCGCCUCUACGGAUGACUUUCCUCUUUUGCAAAUGGCUGAUAGCCACCAAUAUUGCCACUCGACGUAGGAGGAUAUCAGACUCAGAGGAGGAAAUAGCUCCACGACAAGCAACAGAACCGCCUCGUGAAGCUGUGAUGUCGCCUCGAGGAAAAGAGGCUGCUGAAUCAUCAAGGAAAGGAAAGGAACCGGCUCUCCCAGUUGAUAGUGAAGAGGAGUUUGAUAGUGAAGCAACCGAAACUUCAGAAGGGGAAGACGAGAAUGAAUCAAGUUCUGAGGAAGUAUCUGGCCUUCCCGAUUCAUUCUUUGAUAGAGGACUUGUAAGGCCUUCUGUCGCUCCGACCCAACCACAAGCUGCUCCAAAGAAACGUAAGGAAAGAGUCGUCAUGGAACAUCCUAACCGGAUGACGGUAGAAGUUCUUAGUUGCGACGAAGAGGAUGAAGAGGAUAUGGUGCCUCUCAUUCGUCGGCAAAUAUCUCGAACUUCUACUCAAGCUCAAACUCAAGUUUCUCCCCGAGCUGAGUUACGCACCAAACAUCGUCAUGAAGGUUCUGGUGCACGCCCUCUGAAGAAACAGAAGAAAGCUGUUUCUAAACCGCGCGUUCAUCUUCCUGCUGUAGAAGAGACAUCCGGUCGUAGUGUUUCUUCUGAUGAACAAGGUAGCGAUUUGUUUUUAUAGCUUUUACACUUUUUUGAUGUU